CCCGCAGCCCCGUUCCGCCGCCCCGGGCUCCGCGGGGCCGGGCGCUGCCGGCGGGGAUGCCCCGCGGGGCCGCGGGCUGAGGCGGCCGCCCGCCCGCCGCCAUGCCGGGGAAGAACCGGUACAACCUGGUGGACGAUGGCUGCGACUCCCGCGUCCCGCUGCACAAUGAGGAGGCCUUCCAGCACGGCAUCCACUUCCAGGCCAAGUACAUCGGCAGCUUGGACGUACCCAGGCCCAACAGCCGCGUGGAGAUUGUGGCAGCCAUGAGGAGGAUUCGGUACGAAUUCAAAGCCAAGAACAUUAAGAAGAAGAAGGUGAACAUCAUAGUGUCCGUGGACGGGGUGAAGGUGAUUCUGCGCAAGAAGCAGAAGAGAAAGGAGUGGACCUGGGAUGAGAGUAAGAUGGUGGUGAUGCACGAUCCUGUGUACAGAAUCUUCUACGUGUCUCACGACUCACAAGACCUGAAAAUAUUUAGUUACAUCGCAAGGGACGGCGCCAACAACUCCUUCAGGUGCAACGUCUUCAAAUCCAAGAAGAAGAGCCAGGCGAUGCGGGUGGUGCGCACGGUGGGCCAGGCCUUCGAGGUGUGUCACAAGCUGAGCCUGCAGCACGCCCUGCAGGGCGCCGACGGGCAGGCGGACGGCGCCAGCGACAGGUCGGCUGAGGAGCAGCCGCUGGAAGUUCACCAGAUACAGGGCUCCAAGAUCACAGGGACAGAUGAGGUUGGCAUCGACUCUGAUGGCAUCUGCGUGUCUGAGAGGGCACCUGGAGAGCUGCCCACUGCCAGGGGCGACCUCAGCAUGCCGAAACCUGGGCAAGCCUCAAAAGAUAAGAACUGCCAGGAUGCCGAGAACUUCUCCCUCCACUUGGCCAGCUCCCAGCAGCUGCUCAGCCCGAGCAGUCCCUGCUCCUCAGCCUCCAUCACCCCACUGGCCUCCCAGCACUGCCUCCAGCUGCUCCAGCAGCAGCUCCUCCAGCAGCAGCAGCAGACACAGGUGGCCGUGGCCCAGGUCCAGCUGCUGAAGGACCAACUGGCGGCCGAAACGGCGGCGCGGAUCGAGGCGCAGGCCCGAGUGCGGCAGCUGCUGCUGACCAACCGCGACCUGCUGCAGCACGUCUCCCUGCUGGUGCGGCAGCUGACCGUGCUGGAAGCGCGGGAGCAGCGUCGGCAGCCGGUUGACCGCUCCUUGCAAAACCUGUCCCUGGCUCAGUCCCUGUCCCUGAACCUGAAGAACCACUACAGCUUGGAUGUCCACCUGCCAUCCACCUCCACCCCCGCCAGCAUCCUGGGAAGCCCCGUGGCCCCCGGAUCGCUGCCAGCCCUGGGUCCUGGGGACUCCUACCUCAACCUGGUCAGCCUGGAGAGGGGCAGCCACCGCUGCAGCAGCAAGGAGGGGGACGAGUGCCUGGCUGUGCUGGAGGGGCAGGAUGGGCUCGGCCGGCGCGUGGAGGGCUCCGAGGUCAGCGAGUUCACUCUGCUCAACGGGAGCAGCCAGCAGAAGGCAGACGACGUGGACAGAGGGGAUGAGGACAGGCAGCAGCAGCCCAUUCCUAAGCUCAACCCACCGCCGCCCAUCCUACGCAAAAGGUCGAGCAAGACCUCCCCGAGCCUGGAGGUGAAGCCUGAGAGCACUGCCCACGUGAGCCUGCCCAGCACCAGCAUCUCCAGCCUCACCAGCAUCACCGCCAGCUCGCUCACACUCUUGGACUCCGAGGCAAGGACUCCUGCACAGAGCACUGCCUCCAGCACCCAGCCCAUCCCUGCUGGGACCUGCCAGCACACUCUGGGCAAGGACAGGACUGGAGAGAGUGGGCAGAUGUUCCCUCUGGCCAGCAUCCAUGACCCUGCAGCUGGUGAGGCCCUGGCCAAGGACUUGGCUGCCCUGGCCAGCCCCAUGGACAGCACGCUGCCCUUCUCCCCUGCUGAUGACACCUGCUUACACAUCAGUUUCUCAGAAGAUGAGCUGCUUGAACCAGAGUUGGAUGCUGCCAUGGGGACCAGGAGGGUCCCCUCUUAGUGGGACAGCAGAAGGUUGCAGCUGGCUGGCAGGCAGUUCCAGCAGCUCUGUCCAUGCUGCUUCACCAGCCCAUGCUGGGGUUGGAGUCCCCUGUGCCCAGGCUGGGAGGCAGGUCCCAUUCCUGUCCCCAUCCCAUGCCAUGUACAGGGCAUGCAGGAUGCAACCAGGCCAGCCCCUGCCCUCAGCUGCACCAGCUCACACUGCCUUCCUGCUGCCUGUCCUGCCUGGCAGUGACACUUCUCACAUUUGUCACUACAUCCCUGCUGCCAGCCCUGCACCAGCCCUCCUGCAGCAGACAGGGACCACCCCCAGCCCUGGCAGGGUGUCUGCCAUCACCAUCACCUGCCAGGCAGCUCAGGAGGACAAGAAGCUGCUAAUGACACUGCAGGAGGUCAGGACGCAUCGGAUGGGGAUGGCACUGGUGUGACUUGCUCUGGGGACAUUCCCACCCAGCCAGCAUUCCCCAUGGGAUGCUCCAUGGCAGAAACAUCCCUGAGAGCAGAGCAACAGGAGCCCCCAAGCACAGCUGUGGGCACCUGGACACAAAGCUGCUGCCACCAGCCCAGUCCCUCAGGGUGAGCAGGACUCUGGCACAGCUGUGGUGCUGCCCCCCCGCCCAGCUCCCCGAGCUGUGUGCCAGGCUGUCACCACACUGCCACAGGUCAGGUCUCUCCAGGGCAACAGGUGUCCACCAGCACCACACUGCAUCCAGACCAGCCCUGCUUUUGGGGACAGCAGCACCACCACCAUGUCCCCACACUGUGAAGCCACCACUGCCAUCCCCCACAGGUGCCUUUUCCUGCACCCCAGCACCCACUGCCCUCCCAGGCUGGGGCUACCCCCACAAGGUCACUAAAGGGGUGCAGGGCUGGCCUGUGUCUUGGGGUCAGGGUGGAGAACCCCCUGUGCCACUGGUGGCUGCAGGCAGGAGGCUGCUCUGUCAUGCUGAUUUUAGGACACAAUGGCGUGUUUUGGGUUGGGUGUCAGAAGUGUGAGUGGUUGAGUUAAUGUUUCAGGAAGAAGCUCAGCUCUAGGUAAAGGGCUGAGGCUUGGGGAGGGACCCGAGGCAACGCUUCUCGCUUCUCGGUUGUUUGCAAGAGGGUGUUGGGAAAGUGUUGGAAGGUUGGAGAUGAGGAAGUGUCAAGGAGAAAUGGAGAAUCCGAGCCUGUUCCUGGCACAGCUCUGCUCCCACGGGAGAGACGGGAGUGACAGGAGAUGCACCCCGAGCCAGCACAGCCAUGGUGACCAGGCCUGGGGGCUGGUAAAGCUGUGGCUGGGCUGCCCUGUAGCAUGGUAGAGACUGACCAGCCCAUCCGUGGGCAUGAAGGUCACAGCAGUUUGGUAACUAACUUUUAAAGAAAAAAAAAAAUAAAGGUGUCCAAUUUGCAGAACAAGUGGUGUGGUCUCUGCUGCACCAGGCCCCUCUCACAGGGAGUCCCAAACCGCUGUCCCCAGGGGCAGACUGGGGACCCUCAGGUGUUGCCAAAGCCACGAGAUUCCUGCUGGGAAUCCAGGCUGCUCUGAGCCACCAGGCUGCUCCUUGCCCAGCCACAGCCCUGCCUGCUCAUUUCCAAAUGCCCCAUUUCCAAAGCAAACCCCCCAUUGUGCUGCACAGCACCAAAUGCUGCUGCCCCCUCUGGGAUGUGCAACUGCUGGGCAGGAGUCCGGUCCUCACGCACACACUUUGCCCUUUCCUGCCCCCAGAAUAAAUCCUGGCCAUCAAACCAAGCCCAGCCCAGGCACACAGGGUGGGGACCAUCACAGAAGGAGGAAGGAGACUGCAGGCAGUAAAGCCCAGUGCUGCCAGGUGGGAUGGGGCAGGAUGGGACCAGUCUGAGCUCCCCAGGCUACUCACGGCUGAGACAGACAAGAGCACCCUGUGCUCCACAGCACCCUGGCUCCCUGAGGAGGGGAG